AUGAAGUCGAUCCACUUUUGUUUCUUUUUCUGUUGCUGGAAAGCUAUAAGCUGCAGUGGCUGUGAGCUGACCAACAUCACCAUUGCAGUGGAGAAGGAGGAAUGUCGCUUCUGCAUAAGCAUCAACACAACUUGGUGUGCGGGCUAUUGCUACAACCGGGACUUAGUGUACAAGGACCCAGCCAGGCCCAACAUCCAGCAAGUGUGCACCUUCAAGGAGCUGGUGUAUGAGACAGUGAGAGUGCCCGGCUGUGCUUCCCAUGCAGACUCCCUGUACACGUACCCAGUGGCCACUGAAUGUCACUGUGGCCAGUGUGACAGUAACAACACUGACUGCACCGUGCGAGGCCUGGGGCCCAGCUACUGCUCCUUCAGUGACAUGAACGAGUAA